AUGGCCAACCCGUCCUGUCUGCUCUACGGGCCCGGCGACGCCCGCUACGAAGACCGGCCCCUCCCUCGCAUCACCUCGCCCACCGACGUGAUCAUCCGCAUCGCCUACACCGGGGUCUGCGGCAGCGAUGUCCACUUCUGGCACCACGGGGGCAUCAAACGCCCCAUCACGCCCAGCAACCCCAUCACGAUGGGCCACGAAGCCUCCGGGAUCGUACACGCCAUCGGACCCGCCGUGACCACCCUCGUCCCAGGGGACCGUAUCGCCCUGGAACCCGGCUACGCCUGCCACCGCUGCAUGAUCUGCAAAUCCGGACACUACAACCUCUGUCCGCGAAUGAAGUUCGCCGGCGUGCCCGGGAUCUGCCACGGCACGUUAACGCGGUUCUUCAAACUGCCUGCCGAUUACUGCUAUAAGAUUCCUGAUACGAUGGGGCUAGAGGAAGCGACGUUGAUGGAGCCGUUGGGGGUGGCGGUGCAUUCGGUGCGAGCGGUUGGGGUGGGCCCGGGGAUGCGCGUGUGUGUCUUUGGGGCCGGGACGGUGGGGGUGUUUUGUAUGUUGGUGGCCAGGGAGUUUGGGGCCGAGCAGGUGGUGGGCGUGGAUAUGAAUGCGCGGAAAUUAGGGUUUGCGGGGGAGGUCAUGGGCGAGGGGGCUGGGGGGUGGGGGGGUGGGUAUGUGCCUGAUGGGACGGGAGAGGGGGAGGGGAAGAGGAUAUUGGAGCGGUUUGGAAUGGAGGAAAGUGAAGGGGACGGGUUUGAUGUGGUGAUUGAGGCCACCGGGGCAGAGGCCUGUAUGCGCAUGGGGGUCGAGGUGUUGCGCGUGGGCGGCCGGUUUAUGCAGACGGGGUUGGGGAGACGGAAUGUCAAUUUUCCCAUGGGCACGGUGGCCGAGAAGGAAAUCACGCUCAAGGGCUGCUUCCGCUAUGGACCGGGGGAUUUUGCCCUGGGGGUGCAGUUUGCGGUGGAGGGGCGGUUUCCCUUGAAGCGGUUUAUCACGAAGAUCGUGGCGUUUGAGGACGCGGUCGAGGCGUGGGAGACUACGGCGAGAGGGGAGGGCAUGAAGACGUUGAUUCGGGGGGGGGGAUCCGGUGUAGAUGAUGCUAGUGGGAAGUACUAG